CCCUCCCCCGGAGCCCCGGCCCCCGCGCCCUGAAGGAGGUUGGGGCCUGGUUCUGGGCCUGGCGUGGCGGGAGGAGGAGCAGGCAGCGGCUGAGGGCAGAGUCCAGGAGGCCCUGGCUGCGGGGGAAUGACGCCUCCGCCUUCGCGGGCAGAAGCCUUUAAAUACGGGCUCAGGCCAGGGCCUCGGGGUGCCGCGCUUAGCAGCCUGAGGGAGGGCCGCGCGGCGCGGGGAGCUCAGGCGGAGCAGGCCGUGGGUGCAGAAGCUGCGGCGGCGCGGCCCGGAGGAAGGUGGGGUCCGAGCGUUCGGGACACAGCGGCCGCCGCGCUCGGAGCUUGGAAGCGGUACAAUCAUGUUUGAAAUUAAGAAGAUCUGCUGCAUCGGUGCAGGCUAUGUUGGAGGACCCACAUGUAGUGUCAUUGCUCAUAUGUGCCCUGAAGUCAGGGUAACGGUUGUUGAUGUCAAUGAGUCAAGAAUCAAUGCAUGGAAUUCACCUACACUUCCUAUUUAUGAGCCAGGACUAAAAGAAGUGGUAGAAUCUUGUCGAGGAAAAAAUCUGUUUUUUUCUACCAAUAUUGAUGAUGCCAUCAAAGAAGCUGAUCUUGUAUUUAUUUCUGUGAAUACACCAACAAAAACCUAUGGAAUGGGGAAAGGCCGUGCAGCAGAUCUGAAGUAUAUUGAAGCUUGUGCUAGACGCAUUGUACAAAACUCAAAUGGGUACAAAAUUGUGACUGAGAAAAGCACAGUUCCAGUGCGGGCAGCAGAAAGUAUUCGUCGCAUAUUUGAUGCAAACACAAAACCCAACUUGAAUUUACAGGUGUUGUCCAACCCUGAAUUCUUGGCAGAGGGAACGGCCAUCAAGGACCUAAAGAACCCAGACAGAGUACUGAUUGGAGGGGAUGAAACCCCAGAAGGCCAAAGAGCUGUGCAGGCCUUGUGUGCUGUGUACGAACACUGGGUUCCUAGAGAAAGAAUCCUCACCACUAAUACUUGGUCUUCAGAGCUUUCCAAACUGGCAGCAAAUGCUUUUCUUGCCCAGAGAAUCAGCAGCAUUAACUCUAUAAGUGCCCUGUGUGAAGCAACAGGAGCUGAUGUAGAAGAGGUAGCAACAGCCAUUGGAAUGGACCAGAGGAUUGGAAAUAAGUUUCUAAAAGCCAGUGUUGGUUUUGGUGGAAGCUGCUUCCAAAAAGAUGUUCUAAAUUUGGUUUAUCUCUGUGAGGCUCUGAAUUUGCCUGAAGUAGCUCGUUAUUGGCAGCAGGUCAUAGACAUGAAUGACUACCAGAGGAGGAGGUUUGCUUCCCGAAUCAUAGACAGUCUGUUUAAUACAGUGACUGAUAAGAAGAUAGCUAUUUUGGGGUUUGCAUUCAAAAAGGACACUGGUGAUACGAGAGAAUCCUCUAGUAUAUAUAUUAGCAAGUAUUUGAUGGAUGAAGGCGCACACCUCCAUAUAUAUGAUCCAAAAGUACCCAGGGAACAAAUAGUUGUGGAUCUUUCUCAUCCAGGUGUUUCAGAGGAUGACCAAGUGUCCCGACUUGUGACCAUUUCCAAGGAUCCAUAUGAAGCGUGUGAUGGUGCCCAUGCUGUUGUUAUUUGCACCGAGUGGGACAUGUUCAAGGAAUUGGAUUAUGAACGCAUUCAUAAAAAAAUGCUGAAGCCUGCUUUUAUCUUUGAUGGACGGCGAGUCCUGGACGGGCUCCACAGUGAACUACAAGCCAUUGGCUUCCAGAUUGAAACAAUUGGCAAGAAGGUGUCUUCAAAGAGAAUUCCAUAUGCUCCUUCAGGUGAAAUUCCAAAAUUUAGUCUUCAGGAUCCACCUAGCAAGAAACCUAAAGUAUAGAUAUUGCCAUUUUUGUUUGUGAUAUUUUUGGUACUUUAGGAUAGCAGAUAUCUAUCGAAUACUAAAUGGUAAAUGAACCAAGUGUUUUUAAGGAAACAAAAUUAUUUUUUUAAUCAAAUUUAUAUUAGCUAUAUGGGUAUUAGCAUAUCUGAUAAUUAUGAAUCUAGAAUAUUUUUUACAUAUUUUUAUAAUUUUGUGAGCUUGGUUAUUGGAUGAAUGGCAAAUAAUCAUGUUGGUUUUAAUGGUAUCAAUUUUUGUAAAAUAAAAAUUAAACUUCAAACGCCUUUUACUUUAUAAUUGUUGAUAGGCAGCACUUUAAUAUCACAUUAUGAAGGGAAAGACAUUCUUCAGUUUUCCUGGUCAUUUGUUUGUUUGUCAUUAAAUGAAGCCAUGAAAUUACUAAAUACUCUUUACAAGUAUGGCUGGUUAAAGUUCUCUGUUCCUUUUGUUUUAAUGAGAUGUGUCAUUGAUUUUUUUAGCUCA